UGGGUCCACAGUGUGACGGGUCCCUGUACCGCCUCCCAUUGCACCCCACUCUGCCAUUUGCCACUUCAGGUCUCCUCACACUCCUGCUGGUUUCCAUUUUGGCAUAGGUUGCUGGCAGAUUACAGGCCUCCCAUAGGUGCUCCCCAGCCCCAAAUCUGCCAUGGGUCCCCCGCCCGCCUCGUCACGCUGCUGUGGGUCCACCAGUGUGACAUGGGUCCCCCUGUACCGCCUCCCAUUGCUCCCAAUCUGCCAUGUGCCACUAUUCAGGUCUCCUCACACUCCUGCUGGGUUCCAUUUUGUCAUAGGUUGCUGUAUGGCCUCCCAUUGCUGCUGCCUCCACCGCCACACUGUGGCUCCAAACACUGGUUUUGGCCCCGUGACUGGCCAAAUGAGUGA